GCAGACUUGGGAAUAACAGAAAUAAACAAGCUAACAGCAGAAUUUAUCCAGACUCCUUUGAAAAUCGUCACAAAAGAAAAAUCUAAACAGGGUAUUGAAGCUACUGAAGAAGCAGCAGAAGUUCCUUUGCUCCCUCCAGCAAAAAAAGCAAAACAUGAUAGCCAACUUCUGGAGCAAGCAGCUGCAAGUACUAAUGCAAGAAGUGGAAAGGUGAGGACGUCCACUAAAAAAGCACCAGCGUCCAGGAGCAGAAGAGCUCCUUCGACAAGAGUGAAACGCAUGAGUAAAAGAUCAAGCAAAAGCAGCUUUAUCACUCCGGCUACUGGCAGAAAUCUCGAUCUCUGUGCUCGAGGAGGUGCCUCCAUCGUCACACCCAGGUUUGAUUCCAGAGUUUUCAAGACGCCGGGUUUGCGCACACCCGCAGUAAAUGAACGUGUUUACACCGUCUCUGCUAAUGGCAGCCCCCUUGCUGAUGGCAAUGAUGUCUUCAUUACCAUUCCUGUUGGAGGAGGGGAGAGCGUUCGUUUAACAGCAAGUGAUCUGACCAAGAAGAAUCUUCUUCAUCUCAAUCCAGAGGCACGAGGCAUUAUGAAG